UCUGCAGAACUCAUUAGCACUACAGACUAUAAUUAUGGCGACCAGAUUAUAUGAACUACUACCAUUCUUCUAUUUUGUUCAGUUAUUAUUUGGUCAGAUCUCAUUCAUCGGUCCAAGAGAAAAAGUGAAGACACUACCAACAAUUCUGGGCCUACAGUCAUUAGUAAUUCUUGAUUUCAAUUUCCUACCAUUGACACUACAACGUAAGGAUUAUACUUUAACAUGGACUCUACCUAAUGGGGAAAUGGUAUCUGAGGAAAAUCAAAGCCCAAACUCACUGAUUAUGCUCUUAGAAGGAUUAAUUGCUCUAAAUGCUACUUCAAAUGCGCCAGGCACAACUCUAGUGGUUCAAGGCCUGUCCUACACUGAUGCUGGUGUGUACAGAUGUAGUGUACAGGACGACCGCAACCCAGGCUCUCCACCAAUAGAAGGAACAAUAGAGCUAAGGCUGACACUAACACUAACGGCUAUAAACUCAAGCGUGACAAUAUUGGACAAUGCUUCAUUUGUGGAACUAAGAUGUGAUAUGAGUGACUACAUUCAACCUGAUGAUCAGCUGCAAUGGUUCAGAAAUGGAGAAAUGAUAACCUCAGGACAGGCUAGACGACAGAUCACUUUCAUGAAUGGAACCGCCAGACUAGGACAGUUUGGAGGUUUUUCACCCCAAUCAUCAAGAGUUUCGAUGCUCACAAUUUCAAAUCCGGUUUUAAAUGAUACUGGAACAUACAAUUGCCGUGUGAUGGAUACCACAGAAUCUGUUAGUAUUGAACUACUUGUUCAAUUAAGCUCAGAAUCGACGUUUCCCCUCCCUGCCCUAAUCGGAGGAAUAGCUGGAUUAUUGGCACUUGUUGUCCUCAUAUUCGUCAUAGUGAUCGUGGUGGUUAGUAUAAAACAUAGGUGUGUGGCAAAGAGAAAAAAGAAACAAAAUAAUCAUACUGAUGAUCCUACGUACAACUACCCAGAUGAGCUUCCACCUCCACUACCACAACGCAGGACCAAUCAGAUUCAAGUGACAACCAUUUAUGAGACAAUAAUGGACACUACCAACCCAGCAUAUGGUCUAACACUAUCACUACAAAUGGAGCUCAGCAACAAGAUGAAACACCUGCUACCAACCCAACCUUUGAAGAUGCAAGAGAUUUUGUUAUAAAUAAUUGUCCACGUGUUACUCACCCAACAUACAAAGAGGAAGUGCAUGUAUGAUCAUAACGAUUGAGAACUCGAUGAGUGCAUGUACCUUAUUCAAU